AUGUGGAGGAGGCACUGCUGUACGUCACGGCGUGUGCGCUUCCCAGUGACAGCAACACAUACCGGGGCCCUUUCUGUUGGUAUGGUCACAUUUAUGUUUAGCCAAACUGAGAAUCUGCACGAGCCGGCGGCAGCUGGUAGUCGACACAACAGGCACCAGCAUAACUAUCCCAAACAAGCACUCUUCAAGCAACUCCUAAGAGACGUGCGUGGAGGUGAUGUUAGCCGAAACAAUAAUAUCAAUAAUAAUAAUAAUAACAAUGAUAUGGGAGGUGUGGUUUUCCCAAUAGACCAGCCGGUCACAGCAAAUAUCUCCCUGCUGGAACAAUUAGGCGUUAUGGAUCUCAUGGAGCAGCGCACGCAGCAGUUGCCUACGGCUUGUGGCUCCUCCACGUGUGACGCACAUGUUGUAUGUUCUUCAAUUGCCUCAACGACGUUGCCGCCUGCUUCGUCCGCCUUAGAACCGGAAGCACUUCGCUAUAACUUUUCAACUUUUACUGAGGCCUGCCGGGCUGGCGUAGCUUGCCACAUACCUCCUGUGACUGUGCUGCGGAAGGUUCUUGAUGCCGUUUCCAGCGCCGGGAAUAAGUUGGGUGAGAUGGUUGUCCCCUCGGCGGCAGCCACCAUUUUAUUAAAAAAUGCGGCUGAGCGAAUUCAAUGGAAGGCCUCCAAGCUUCAAAAGUUUUUGGAUAGGCGUGAAGCACAUCAGGAGCAGCAGAAGCAAAAGGCUAGUGGUGACAAGGCUAAAGAAACUUAUACCAGUGGGUGGGAACCAUUCAGCGACCGGGGCGAGAUGGGACGGCUGCAGUGGGCGCUUGGCGAAGAAAAGCAUCGCGCUUAUGAGCUAAUGGAUAUGCUCCCGCUCCACCACUCAGUUGGCAAUCACCGACAACAACUUCAAGAUUCGUACGAAAUGAUGAGCGAGUUGCGCGCCAGACUGCAACUGGUGAGUGUCCUUCAAGAUGGCGUGUUGGCUGUUGAUGUGCUUAACAAGCUGCUUCCGUUCUAUGCUGAACAGCAAGGUAGGGCGAAGCAAUACACAGGAGGUGGUAGUGGCAAUGAUACCGGGGUUGACUACAAAAAACGUGUUUGUGAUUUGGGAAAUGACGUGGGUUUGGCGAUUUUGGCGUUCCGGACCAGCGGUGACUUUACCUCGGCCUGCAGACUGUUUGAAGAGUUUAAUGCGAUGGCGGAAGAGUGUUCCCAAACUAUGGACCAAAGUUCCGCUAACGAAAAUAAUAGUAUCUUAAACGGUGACGAGAUGUGCGGUGCAGCUACUGAGGGUUGCAGUGGAACUGACGUCAGGAAUAAUGAUCCUAUCGAAUCAAGUGAUGCUGGUGACCACACGGUGAUAACUUUAGCCGCUACUAAGUUAAAACUAUUAGUUGCGCUCUCCCAGUGUGUGGGUGCCAAUGCAGCACAUUAUGCCUUUGUGCAAAAUAAUGUGCUGCUCCUCACUUCGCAAACCGAUGUUGGUUACUUCCGAGAUACAUGGUGUACUGUACGUGAGGCAGCUUGUGCCGCCUUGAAUGCUUUGGCUCGUGCUGCAAUGGACCCCAUUGCUAAGAUGGAAGCUGCGCACAUGUUUUUCUCGCGGGUGCAACAGUCAUCAGCAGCAGAAGUGUGCACCUCUUCCAGUCUGACAGCUGCUCUGCUGAGCGUUGCGAGCUCUGCUCGCAACGCUCCCGUGGCGGUCCUGCUCUACAAUCAGUUAGCCGCUCCGAAUGUUCGAUUAGCUGAGGUUUCGGAGAAUUCAGCAGCAUUACUGUUAUCAGAGCAGUGUGCCCUACAUGACGCGGCCCGCUACUUUAGUCUUUCUCAGUUGGAUCCACUCGUUAUGCCCUCCUGUGUAGUGCAGUUGCUCGCCGCUAAGCUCAUGCUGCAACAGUGCGACUCUGAGGUUAUUUACACUGUCCUGGAUCUCAUUAAGCCACAGCGGGAAGUAGAACCACAGUGCACAUUUUUUCUCCGUCUGCUUGCGUUCUACCGUGACUUGCAGCGAUGCAGCAGAGGUUGGAGUGGGGAGGAAAACUUUGCUCACGCCCGUAACGUCGUUGAGGCGUGGCGCGCCGAGCUGCGGGGAGCGGGUGUGAGCACGGCUGCACUCACAACACUGCGGCUGUUGCGCCACAUAAGACAGCGGAUUAAAUCUAUAAUGAAAGAGGCAGAAAUGAAGCCUGAGGAAAAGCUGGUAAGUCUACCGGAAACUACCGGGGAGGGUGAUAAGCUGUUACAAUGUUUGGAUGGCAUGUUGACCCAAUUUUCGCUUGGCUGGCUGCGUCACCGUGCUGCUACGAAUCGCACGCCUCGUUUCCACCUCGGGGUUGAACAACUGAAGCGUGUAAUUAGUGCAGAACAGAACAGCGUUACCAUAAGGACAGUGAACCGUCAGCGUGGUUCGAAUGCAUCACAACCUGACGGCGCCGGUAUUAUCCCCUUACUUCCAAUUGUCUAUGAAACCACAAUCGGUGCAGCGAAGAGCCGAUCCAUAGCACGUGGGGCUUUUAGUACUCUCUAUGCUGUGGCGGUAGAGGGAGGCAGCAUCAGAGGUGGGGAUGCGGUGGUGCUCGGUUUCAGCGAUUACGUCCAGUUGUGUAUCCUUGAGGAUGCAGGCAUGAUGAGUAGCGUUUGUUAUUCGGAAGGUAAUGAGAAUGGGGAUGGGUCCAGCGUGGCAUCCAGCAGCAACGAGCGUGAGUUUAAGUUUAGUCUUGAUAGUUUUAACAGUUGUAUUCCUCUAAUUUAUGUUACCGAUGCCCUUGGUGAACUGAUGCUGCAAGGAGAGGACGGAUCGGUGACGUCGGCAGUGCAGCCAAAUAUUGACAUCAGCAACUUUCCGUUAGAUACUCCGGUGCACCACCUUGUCUUACAGGGGGAUGAAGUAGAAAAUUGGUUGUCACAGUGGUUGACGGAAACGCACGCUUUCUCACAUGGUGUUCAAGGCGUCUUUGAGAAGCAAAUGGACCUGAUGCUUCGUACUGAAAGUGUUGGCAUUGGUGCAACACAUGAAGUUGAGGGUGAGGGGGCCAAAAUGGAAGGACGGGGGAAUGACGGUGAAAAAAAUGAAGAGAGAUCCCGAACAUUACCUUCCUUCGUAACCACGGCAACGGUGGCCAUGCCGUAA